AUGGCGUUCUGUUUGCUGCUCCCACGCCUUCUCCUCCACCCUCACUCAGCAACUUAUAUCCCACUUGCUGGGAGCAUGGCAGCUACCAGGCCACCCACCGCCACGGUUCCUGGAGGCAACAUGACCAGAGUCACACUGCCCUGGCGCUGGAGGUCCAAGUCCCUCGGCUGUUGCCGGGCCGUCCGGUCUCGAGGGCUGCACUUCUGUCCCGUGCAGGGUCAGCCGAGGAAGAUUGUUGACCGCAUCGACAGCGAUGGAGAUGGCUUUGUCACCACCGAGGAGCUGAAAACCUGGAUCAAACGGGUGCAGAAGAGAUACAUCUAUGACAGCGUCGCCAAGGUCUGGAAGGAUUAUGAUCGGGACAAAGACGACAAGAUCUCCUGGGAGGAAUACAAGCAGGCCACCUAUGGGUAUUACCUAGGAAACCCUGCGGAGUUCCAAGACUCCUCGGAUCACCACACCUUCAAGAAGAUGCUGCCACGUGAUGAGAGGAGGUUCAAGGCCGCAGACCUCGACGGAGACCUGACGGCCACACGCGAGGAGUUCACUGCCUUUCUGCACCCAGAGGAGUUUGAGCACAUGAAGGAAAUUGUGGUUCUGGAGACCCUGGAGGACAUCGACAAGAAUGGGGACGGGUUUGUGGAUCAGGAUGAGUAUAUCGCGGACAUGUUUUCCCACGAGGAGAGCGGUCCUGAGCCAGAUUGGGUGUUGUCAGAACGGGAGCAGUUCAGUGAGUUCCGGGAUCUGAACAAGGACGGGAAGUUGGACAAGGACGAGAUUCGCCACUGGAUCCUCCCUCAGGAUUACGACCAUGCGCAGGCUGAGGCCAGACACCUGGUGUACGAGUCAGACAGAAACAAGGACGAGAAGCUGACGAAAGAGGAGGUGCUGGAGAACUGGAACAUGUUUGUUGGGAGCCAAGCCACCAAUUACGGGGAAGAUCUCACAAAAAACCACGAUGAACUUUGACGGACACUCACCCCAACACGGCAGACGGUCGCGAGGCUUCUUCAUGUCCUGGGUGGUUGCUGCACUCGACUAACCCAUAGUGGUUGCGUUCCCAGAAAAGCACGUUUGUACCUCGGGUCGGGGCUCAACGCUGCUUCUCAUUCGACAUUUACUGGAAAAUGGUCGUCACUAUUCUUUCAGUAAGAUUUCUCUCGAAGCACAUUAAAAUCUCGGUAAAUGGCAAUUCUCUAUGGGGAUAGAUUUCUACAACAUGGCUUUUUUAAGAGGUUUUUUUUCCCCCGUUAAAUUUAAACGACAAGGGAAUAAACCACAAAAAAGCCCUGCUGUUGAGGAAUUGGGUGGCUCGGGGGCAGGAUGUUGAGUGACUGCUGCCUGUUUAACUUCUAACUUCAGGUGGUUUUCCUGUUCGCCACUGUUGAUAGUGGGUAAGGGAAAUUUCUGUUGACGCUAACAUGAUGUCAUCCCAGGGAAGUUUAUUUCAAGCAAGUGUCACGUUUCCGAUUCCUCUUUCUUUAAAACCUCUGUCUUUCUGUAUGGACCCGCCAGUGUGCAUCUAAGAAAUCCACGUCUUCGUGGUUUUUGUUUUGUUUUUACAAUAAGAAGCAAUCAAGAAAGAAAAUGUGAAAAAGAAAGGAACUUAGAGGUGAGGAAAAGAUGAAUGUCAGACAUUGGAAGAGCCAUAGGACAGGGAGAAACACUUUCACUGUACUUCAGAGGACCUUCCUGACACACCAGUGAGGUAGGUCUGGUCUUUGAAAUAGUGAGUAGGCCUACGGAGUGCUUCCUCGAUGACCACCAAUUGGAAGGCAGCGGUGGGACUCUGGGAAAGCCGGGCCUCGCGGAGUUCUGGAAUGUGUCCCGGCCAGGCCGGCGAAUCCAUGACCCUCGGACCCGCCCCCGGAACGGCUGAUACCAUGGAAUGAGGACAAGGUGAUAUUCUGACCCAUGGACUGAACUGGCAGAAACACCCUUUGGCAGGUUGAAAUUCCACCUUGUAAGAAGGAGGUGAAGGAAAUAAAGGUCUCCUUGAGGGUUU